CAGUUUGUCCCCUCUAAAACUGACAGGUAUAAAUAAACAAGUGAAGUGCGGUAAUAUUCAAUUUUUCUGAGUUCGCAAUAAGUGCUAUAUCACACACAAAAAUGAGGGCAUACGUUUUAGCCGUGUUCGUCGUCCUGGUUGGCGCUGUGGCCAGCCAAAAGUACACCACGAAAUAUGACAACGUCGAUUUGGAUCAAAUUAUUAAGAGUGAUCGUCUUUUGAAGAAUUAUUUGGACUGCAUGUUGGAGAAAGGCAAUUGUACACCAGACGGUCAAGAAUUGAAAAAAAACAUUCCCGAUGCUCUCCUGACGGACUGCAGCAAGUGCAGCGAUAAGCAGAAAGAGGGCACCAAGAAAAUUCUUAAACAUUUGGUGAAGAACAAGCGCGAAUGGUUCGACGAAGUCGCUGCUAAAUACGAUCCAGAAGGUGUCUUCAGGGAAAAGAACCGUGAAGAAUACGCCAAAGAAGGCAUUACUUUUUAGUCUGUAGAUAUAUAAAAAUUAAAUGUUUUUAUCGAAUGAAUAAUAAAUUCACAUAUUACACUUUCA